GCGAGCCGGGGCGGCCCCGGGAGUGGCAGAUCUUCAUCCCUUCAGCGCGGCCACUUGUGCGCGUCUUGAGUAAGGUGUAGCCUCUCGACAAGCUGCUGAGUUUCGUUUGGUGCUGGUUUCCGCGUGAGUCUCUUGAUGUUGCUGCUAAGUCAUGAGCGCACGGAGCAAAGCGUACUCUUCUCCCCUCUGAAGGGCACGAUGCAAUAAGUGCUUUGUUCUGCCGGUUUGUAUAUGUAGGCGUGUUGCUACAGCCUCCCGAUGGGGGUAAAACCAGCUGUCAAAAGAUACGAAACAAGAAAUAAGAGAGCAGGGGCGGAAGUGCCGCCAUCCAAAUCCCGGGUGGAUUGGAGACGCACUAGAAGGGCGCUCGUACUGCUCGACAGCACUGAGGAGGCCUCGUCCAGCUCCGAGGAGCAGGAGGACUCCACCACAUCGGAAAGUGAAAUAGAUGAACAAGACCGAGCGGCUGCGAAGAGCGGCUUUGUUUCAGACGGCGAGGAGAAAGACCGCGCUGGGGAAGUGACAGAAGAUGGUGACGAUGAGCGCGUCGUGCCCGGGAAGCGGAGGAGGCCGAGCGCUUCUGUCAUGUUCGACAGCGAUGGAAGCGACGGCAGCGACAUCCUUGUUAGAAAGGUUUCUGCCAAGCGCCGCUGUGUGAUAAUGGGUGACGGGGAGAGUUCUGAAGAAGAGCAUCCGGAUAACACAUGCCCCGCAGAGAGUGUUUCUACGAGUAAGAGACACAACGUGCUUGCGAAAUUGAAAGAGCUUGUAAGAAGACAGAGCGCAGCUCGGAGAUCCUGCAGCAGUGCAAAUUGUGAGGAUUCUAAUAGUGAAGCAUCAGAAGAAGAGGAACUGUUUUGUCAGCUGCCCCUCACACCAUCAGAAGGCAGUGAAGCUGACAGUGGCAGCAUAAAAGAUUUUAUAGUAGAGGAAGAGGAAAACGAUGAUGAUGACAUUGACAACACAGACCAUGUGAAGAGUGAAAAUCAGCCACAUCAAAAGCAACCAAAUCCAUCAAACAACGAGCUGCUGGCACACUACAUCCCACAGCUAUCUCGCUGUGAUCAUUAUGUACACUUCAAAAGAAUAGUAAAGGCUUUCCUCAUAAAUGCAAUUGAUGACUGUUUUCUGAGCUCAUUAUAUGAUGGAACUAGACAAAAGAAGUAUGCACAAGAUAUGCUGCUCUCACUUCAUUAUUUGGACAACCGCUUCAUUCAGCCUCGUCUUGAGAACUUAAUCUGUAGAAGUCGCUGGAAAGAUCGAUACAAGGAGCGUGUGGAUUGUUACCCAGAUGUUCGCAUAAGCUUGACAAAUACAGAGAAUAUGUCUUGUCAGGCUUGUGAAAUGAAGCGGUGUUGUAAGUUCAGUGUGUUGCUCUCUGGAAGGCUUUAUAAUAGUGAAACUUUAGAAGUGGAUGACUUCAUGUCAGACGAUAAACAGGUGUUGAAGGUUGGCAUGGUGUGUGCAAAUCGUACAAGAGUGUAUCACAGCUUGAAACACUUCAAGUACAAGCUAUACAUGGAUUGCAGCUCUCUUGCUGGAUUGGAUGGUGUUGAGGAUGAACCCGUCAAAGACACUGUAGAGCGGCUUUUCAGCCACUUGGAAGAGAGUGGAUGGAUUCAGAAGAGAUACAAUGAUCUUGAAGAAUACAUGGAAGAUGCAGACAAUUUUCAAGAAGAGAAAAUUGAUUAAGAGAUCAUAUAGCUCUUUGAAAAACAUAUUUGAAAAUGUGAAUGGCCUACUUCAUCCACAUGCACUUUAUCUGUGCCUGGACUUCAAGAUUUCUAUGUAGGCUGUUAACCUAAAUUAAUAUGCCUUUAAAUUACUGUUUGAUAAUGUGCUGUAUCUUUUUUUCUCAUCUGGGUCAAUAUAAACCCAAAGUUUAACUAAAUCAGUCUUUCCAGUCUACUGCAUUAAGCACCUUAACUUUCUUACUGUUAAAAAUAUCAGUUCAGUAUCUAUUUACUUGUGAAAUAAAACUUCCACCUAUUUAGAUUCAGCUGCAUUGUAGAGAACAUAGGAGAUGCUGAGAUCUUUUGAAGUGAGUAUAUUUGGAAAGGUAAGGGUUUGUUAUACAAGAACUUGGGACUUGCGUCUUACUUCCUUAUUGCUCAUUAUGU